UGGCGAGCCGUACACCGCAUCACGAGUCAGAUGAGUGAUCAUGGGGAGAAUAACAGAUCUUAGCCAGCAAUAACAGUCAUUUAUGCAAUAAAUAAGCAACAUUUAGGGCGGCGAGCUACUGGAGGACACCAUGGCGAACAUCACGAAGAAAGUGUCGUGGUCCAGCCGGGCAGAGGAGUCCGGAGCGGCCGGGGAGGGGACGCCGCUGCUCAAUGGCUCCGAGCAGCCCAGGCUCUCCAGACAGCUAUCGGGAGGAGGCAGUAUAUUUCAGAUAGGCAGACUCAGCACGGUGGAUUUGGAGGAGGAGAUAUCGUCGGAGGAGGACUCUCUUAGGGGGCGGCCUAAAGAGAUCCCUCACAACGAGAAGCUGCUGUCACUUAAAUUUGAGAGUCUGGACUAUGAUAACAUUGAGAACCAGCUGUUUCUGGAGGAGGAGAGGAGGAUGAGUUACAUGGGUUUCCGCUGUCUGGAGAUCAGUCGCUGGGUGGUCUGUGGUCUAAUCGGCUUUCUGACCGGCCUCAUCGCCUGUUUCAUAGACAUCGUGGUGGAGGAAAUGGCCGGGAUCAAAUACAGAGUGGUCAAAGAGAACAUAGAGAAGUUCACAGAGGUGGGCGGCCUGUCGAUCUCCCUCAUCCUCUGGGUUUCCAUCAACUCCGUCUUUGUCAUGGUGGGGGCCAUCAUCGUUGCAUGUUUCGAGCCCAUAGCAGCAGGAAGUGGCAUUCCUCAGAUAAAAUGUUAUCUGAACGGAGUCAAGAUUCCCAGGGUGGUACGACUGAAGACGCUGGUGGUUAAAGUGUGCGGUGUUAUCUGUUCAGUGGUUGGCGGUCUGGCUGUCGGAAAGGAAGGUCCCAUGAUUCACUCUGGUGCUGUUGUAGCUGCCGGGGUCUCACAGGGCAGGAGCACCUCUUUAAAGAGAGACUUCAAGAUGUUUGAAUAUUUCCGGAGGGACACCGAAAAACGUGACUUUGUGUCUGCUGGAGCUGCUGCCGGAGUUUCAGCUGCUUUCGGAGCACCAGUCGGCGGCGUUCUGUUCUCUCUGGAGGAGGGAGCUUCUUUCUGGAACCAGAUGCUGACGUGGAGGAUAUUCUUUGCCUCCAUGAUCUCCACCUUCACCCUCAACUUCUUCCUCAGUAUCUACCACAAAAAUGCAGGAGACCUUUCCAACCCGGGUCUCAUCAACUUUGGGCGCUUUGAGAAUGAUAGUGUGGCCUACAACCUCUAUGAGAUUCCCUUGUUCAUCGCUAUGGGAGCUAUAGGUGGGUUACUGGGAGCUCUGUUCAACAAGCUCAACUACUGGCUGACCAUCUUCAGGAUCAGGUAUGUUCAUCGCCCUGGUCUCCAAGUGAUGGAGGCCAUGCUGGUUGCUGCAGUGACCGCGACAGUUUCCUUCACCAUGAUAUACUUCUCUAAUGACUGUCAACCUCUGGGGCCUGAACACACUGAGGAGUACCCACUGCAGUUGUUCUGUGCAGAUGGGGAGUAUAACUCCAUGGCAACGGCCUUCUUCAACACUCCAGAGAGAAGUGUUCGCAGCCUCUUCCACAACCAGCCAGGAACCUACAAUCCGUUGACCCUGGGUUUGUUCACCUUGACUUAUUUCUUCCUGGCGUGUUGGACCUACGGCCUGGCGGUGUCUGCUGGAGUCUUCAUCCCGUCUCUGCUAAUAGGAGCGGCCUGGGGGAGAUUGUUUGGAAUCCUGCUCGCCUCCCUCACCCCCACCGACCCUAUCUGGGCUGACCCUGGUAAAUAUGCCCUGAUUGGAGCUGCAGCUCAGUUAGGCGGCAUCGUGAGGAUGACUCUCAGUUUGACCGUCAUCAUGGUGGAGGCUACAGGAAAUGUCACGUACGGUCUUCCCAUCAUGCUCGUCCUCAUGACGUCCAAGAUAGUAGGAGAUUAUUUUGUAGAGGGUCUAUAUGACAUCCACAUCAAGCUGCAGAGCGUUCCCUUCCUUCACUGGGAGGCUCCGGCCACCUCCCACUGGUUGACCGCCAGAGAGGUGAUGAGUUCCCCGGUCACCUGUUUGAACAGGAUAGAGAAGGUGGGAACCAUCGUGGACGUCCUUAGCAACACGUCGACCAAUCACAACGGCUUUCCGGUCGUCAUGCAGGGCGCUGGUGGUGAAGAGCCAGCGAAGCUCUGCGGCCUCAUCCUCCGCUCUCAGCUCAUUGUUCUCCUCAAGCACAAGGUGUUUGUGGAGCUGGCCCGGUCCCGGCUGACUCUGAGGAAGCUCCAGCUGAAGGACUUCAGGGACGCGUAUCCCCGCUUCCCCCCGAUCCAGAGCAUCCACGUCUCCCAGGACGAGAGGGAGUGUAUGAUGGACCUCACUGAGUUCAUGAACGCAACGCCCUACACUGUACCACAGGACACUUCUCUGCCUCGUGUGUUUAAGCUGUUCAGAGCGCUGGGACUCCGACACCUGGUGGUAGUGGACGACGAGAACAGGGUGGUUGGACUGGUGACCAGGAAAGACUUGGCCAGAUAUCACCUGGGCAAACAUGGACUGGAGGAGCUUCAGCUGGCCCAGACAUAGUACACACACACACACACACACACACACACACACACACACACACACACACACACACACACACACAUAAACACACACACACAUAAACACACACUGACACGCAGAGCCAUGAACUAUGACCACCUGAUGUCUUGUAAGCUGUGUUGUCCUAUGCAGGACACCAUCAAAGGCCCCAAGAGGUCUUUAUCAAUCUUUUGAUGCCAAAAUGGUCACCAUGACGACACAAGGAAACUUCACCUACAGGCCUGUGUCAUCAACAAACAGACACAUUUAAAUGUCAAACAAGUAAUGUAAAAACUGGAAUAUAAACGCACAAAUUCACUCUGUUUGUUGUGUUCACACCAAACGAGAAGCAAAUCUUUCGCCUCAAGUUUCCACGUCUCACCAACUAUGGCCGAAAUAACUAUUGCUGCUUUCUAGAUGUUGUGGGAGUCCCCGAUACGUUGGAAAAACCAAACGGCACCCUUCAUAGCAUCAUCCAGAGGCGCUUAGUAAAUUAUUAUUACUUAUUAUUCACUUUAUCUAGCAAGCUACAUUCUUUUCACUGUUUUCUGAGUGGAGUUCAGAUGAAUUGGUGCUAGGCUAUGCUAUAAUUUCAGCUGCUCCAUAAACACUCAAAAAUAACGUCAUCAAGGCAUAAAUACGGCAGCGACAUGACCGUUUACAGUAUUGUGUCAUCUAUGUUUUAUACAUAUACAUUCAUACACAGAGUUUUGACAUAAUGCUCUGGGUGAACAUAGACGAUCAGUAUUUUUUUGCGUUGUAGGAGGAGAAGAUUAAUGCUGACUGGCUUUUUGCAACACAGCGUCACAAGAAUUUCUUGCUCGAGUUGAAAUAUUUUCAGGUGCAAACUCACGUCUUUGCAUUGACUUUUCAUUUAAACGCACCAUGCAAAAAGUUUGCUUUACGUUUGGUGUAAACACAGCACUACAUCUGAGUGGGAUGAUUUACUUUGAAAGGAUUCUGACUUCCAUUCUUGUUAUCACAGUUUGUUUGGGGGCUGCACGGGGCUUUGGUACACUUUUGUUCUUUUGUUUGUAUUCAAAUAAUAUGUCAUGGACACAAAAGUAAGAAAAUAUUUGCCUUUAUUGGAGGAAUACUUCCUCUGCUUAUACGUUUUCACGGAACUUACUCCAGAUAUUUAAUGUAUGGGGUAAAAGUUAAAUCAGAAUGACAGGAUCUUUUCAAAAUAAAACAACCUCUUUGCCAGCUGGAAGAUGAUGUUUGAUCUGCAUUAGCUGGUAAAAAGAAAACACUCUGCUUUGUUUUGUUCAUACUCUGUUCUUAUUCUGUCUCCUCAACGUCACAUUAACAUUAUGAAGUGAAACAUUUUCAAAUAAUUCAGAUGAUUGCUCUCUUUGUCUUACUGUUAAACUAAACGAGACAUUUAAAGUGAUUUUGAGCGAGUGUUCAUGGUUUGUAGUAACUGACCAUUUAAGUCUUCCCGAGACAAGUUUUUUUUAUUUUCUGUUGUUGUGUAGUUUUGCACUGAGCGAAUGCUGUUAUUUAUUGUUGAAUAUUUUUAAGUGUGUGGUCCGGGCUCCCGUUUGGUAAGACAGAGUUUUCACAUUUCCCAUAAUUCAAGAUUCAAAACGUUUGAAGAGAGAGGAGACACAAUGGCCGCCUGAUAUUUUUUAAUGUUUUGGACACAAGAAAGAUGUGUUCCUUCUCUUGUCAGCUUUACUGAUCAUAUAUAUAUUUGUACUACUGUCAGUAAAAACAUUGAUACUCACAGGUACCAACAUCAUUUUUAACACCUCCAAAUAUUUGCACUUUGGCCUACUACGGAAAUAAAACAAACUUAUUUUGUAAGAUACAUAAUAAGUGUCCCUCAUGAAGCUAUAUAUGAAUGUAAACCGCUGUUUACCGCAGAUCCUCUGUUUAAUCGAUUUAUUCCUGAGUUACUCGAGUCAGAUUACCAACCAUAACAUAGAUUAUAAUAGACUUAUUUAAAUUUGUCAGUUUGUAAAUCUAACAUUUCUUCAAUUAUCAUUAUUUUGUUUCUUUGUGCACUUCAUUGGAUUUACUCUGAUUUUGUCUCCGUUGUGGUUUUUGUUUUGAUGUACGGUUCUAGAUGUUAAAACAUGGACUAUGCUCUAUUUUAUAACCACUGGAUAAGCCUUUUGUGAAUAAAUAAAAAUUG